UCUUGUAUUCUGAGUUGUAUAAAGGAGACUGGCCGUCGCUUUUUUGUCUACGUGUUUCGUGGAGUGAGUCGCAGCAUUGCACGUCAAUCAUCAUCUCUCGCAGACAGACUUGCACGACAAGCUUCCAUUUUUGACGUUUUUGAAUACGUCUCAUAUUUCAGUCUAAGAACGAUCCUUAGACACCCCCCCUUCCUCAUCCCCGGCAACCAAGCUCCCGUCAUCAUGAACUUCAUGGGAAGGAAAAGCGACGUCAAGUCCGAGGACGUGGCCCACGUGCCGCCCGAGCUCUCCGACUUGCACUGCUUCACCGAGACCGGCGGCGUCAUCACGACGACAAUGUUCGACAUCCCCGGGUACCGCGUGGUGCGGACGCUGGGCGCAGUGUACGGCCUCUCGGUGCGGUCGCGCAACAUCGCGGCGAGCCUCGGCAUGGUGAUCAAGUCGCUGGCAGGGGGCGAGCUACGGUGGUUCACGACAAUGCUGUACAACUGCCGCAACGACGCGCUGGGCAGGGUGGUCAGCGAGUGCAAGCAGCGCGGCGGCAACGCCAUCAUCUGCCUGCGGUUCGACGCGGCGGACCUGGGUGGGUUCGCGCAGACGUGUGCAUACGGGACGGCCUGCGUCGUGGAAAAGAUUGACGAAGACGCCGCCGUCGCGCCUCAGCUUGCUUCUUAGGGAGAGAUGCGUGUCUGGGUAUGUCACGCAGGGUCUUGUUGGAGCGAAGCCUAUUUGUUUCGAGUUUGUCGUGAUUCGAUAAUGCGUGGAUUUUGGAUACUCACGUGCAUGAUACGGGGGGAGGGGGGUUGGAUACCAUCACUAGAGCUUAAAGAUCAGGUCUAUUUCGUGACGUCCGUCUCAUGUUGCAGUCGCCCGAAGAGUCGACUUGCAUCCAGUAUCCAAUCUAAACCUAUGUGUAUGUUC